UGUGGCUCAAGUCUCGCCCAAAUCUCCGCUCUCACGAGAUCGAAGAGCUUUGAUAAAAGCCGGGCUUUUCAGAAACGAAAACAACAUCUUUGAAGAAUGAAAAGUACUUAAAUCAUGUGAAACGGGCGACGGUGUCCUCAGCAUGACAUCUCACAGGCGGAAACGUUCGAGUAUAGACGAUGACGAAUUUGAACAACUCAGGUAUCAAUCCAUCUGUCAAAGUCAGACUGAAGACCACAUCCCCACGCAUCUCCUGACAAAGCAAUCCAGUCCUUUAAACGCAGGCAAGAAGCAGAUCUUGGAGAAGGGUUAUCCCUCUGGGCAGUCACUCAAAGCCACUCGCACGCUCCUGUGUAGUGACCGGUCGCCUGUGUGUUUGCAGAGGCCACAGUGGCAGGGUGGUGCCUCCUUGUGUUCCAGCAACAAGGAGGUAGAGGUGCCGAACGUCAACGAAACGCUGGCCAAUAAGCGCCUGACCCCCCGUCCGCCGGACUGCGCAACCGACGCAGACGCCCUUCGCUUGCCAGAUGGCCCGUUCCGUCCGACGAGAGACGGGGAGGCUGCCCGCAGCCCGUCGGAGGCCGAGGGCGAGCCUUCGCACGACGAAGUGAGCAUCCUGGAGGACGACGACUUCGGGUUCCGGGCCGACGUGGUGCGCCUCCCGGAAGCGGGGGGGGAAAGCGAGGGCCACGACACCGCCGCCGCCGCCGAGGACGGCUUGUCGUGGGCGUCCGGAGAGGAGUAUGAUGCCGCGAGACUCUGUGACGCCUGCGUGGCGCUCUUCCAGAAAAUGCACUCCGCCAAGAAGACGAAGAUGAAGAAGAAGAAGAAGAAGAUUGACUAUAAUCCCAUGUCUUUGUCAUGUGACCAGUGGAUCCUGAAGAAAAGAAGGGUUUGUAGAACCAAACAAAGCAGCAGAGGAAAACUGUGGAUUGCCAUUAAAACUAUUACAAUGAAUGCUAAGAACUGCGCAUGUGAACCAGGAAAAACACCCAGUGCAUGUUCCAGGCUUCAUGUAUUUUUACAAAGGAACUUAUUAAAGUGCAAAAGUAAAGAGGCUCCUGUCCAGAACAGACAUGGCAAAAAGAGGAGAGCUGAAGAUUCAACCUUCAAACCACAAAAGAAAAAUGGAAAGAUGACCAAAACAGGCACAGGCAAAAAGAAAAUGACGAAAAAUGUUCUGGAAGGGAGCAGAAUUAUUUAUAACGAGAGCACUCGGAAAGAUAGGCCCUUUGUCCUGCAGAAUAGCAAUGAAGACCAAGACCCUAAUUUUGAUACCUUACUCGAAAAGACUGUUAGCCCAGGAGCCAGUGUGAAGACUGAACAUAGCUGGACUAAGAGGCAGGACUGUUUCAGUGAAACACUGGGAAAUAAGUCAUGUAAGGUCAGUGGAAACAGUAGCAUUCUUGACUUCCCUGACCCUUCGCGUCACUUCUCCUGGUUGCAGAAAGGUGGCUUUAAGUCAAUGUUGGCCAAAAUGGAAAACAGGCAGUCCACAGUGGUCAAAGAAAGUGAUUCUUCUGCAUCAGAAGGCAUUUUUUAAGAACAUGUUUGUAAACCAUUUGUAUUGAGAGGUAAUGGUGGCUUUACGUCGUAUAUACAUGUGUUAUGUUUAUUGUGCACGCACACUAUAUAUGCAAUAUAGUAACUUGAGGCAGAACAAAAUAAUUCUAGGGCUCAUCCUAACCUGUCUUGAGAUACAUGAAUGAAUUUUAUAAGAAUACUUUAGGCAAUGUAAAGAAGUUCAGCUUAUUGAUCCGUUUAAAAACAAAGGGAACAUUUUGUGUGAAAUGCUCUUCUAUUUUGGAUUACCUAGAAUUCAGGGGCUUCAUUUAUUUUUCCCGAUUUAACAUUUUA